AUGCAUUUGGUUUUUCUAACAAUCAUCAAAUAUUUAACUAUCAAGAUCUCUUUUCUGAACGUCAAUCAUCAUUACCUCGCAAAUCAACCACCAGUUCCGAUCGUCAUCGGCGGAAGCGACAACACACAAUCACUCCCACGCAGUUUUACCAUAUAUUCCAUUAGUCCAAAUACACACUUCUUCGCGGACAGUUGCGAAGUCUUAAAAGCUCCCACCCUUAAGACCAGAAAAGUUUCGGCGUCAGUCAGCAACCCCUCGCCAGUGCGCCACACUCUUUUCGAACAUCUACCGCAGCUCAAGGAUCUACCAAAGAUUACCCCGUGGCCCCCAAUGUCUCCCAACACGGUCUCACAGAAUAUGGAACAUAAUUCCAAUGUAAUGAAGCCUGCGCCAACUCCUCUUCAAGGCAGUGCAAAGCCAUUCGUCCCACAAGCACAAGCUCGCCCCAGCUUUGCUCCACCUUCGCCCAAACUCAACCCUUUGGUACCCGAGUUUACACUGGAGAGUGAAAUUGGAAGCUCAGGAUUGCCUGUUGGUGCUCGAAGCCUUAACCGUACUGUACAUUCGCAGGAAAUGAUACGGGACCUUGUCAGGUUAGCAUUGCAAAAUGCCGCAGAGUUGUUCCAGGAGUCUCAUAAAAUGGAAGUUCUCUGUGGCUUGAUAGCUCAGUUCCACGAAUUGGAGAACGAACUGCUGGAUAUCCUCAAGUUUGGUGAUCCAAGAGACUACACCGCUGCGAUCACGGCGCCAGACGAGACUCUACACCCAGAUCAGGCUAGGCACCGUAUGAUGUCCGCUAUGCAGUAUACAUCCAAGUUUUCGCGUGUAUUGGUUAGUAUUCAAAGGAACGCAUCAUAUGCCGCCUUUCCAAUCUCCAACAAUCUAAUCAUCUUGGCACGAAUUGUCAAAAACAAAAGCACGAAUAGCCCUAUUAGGCCACUGGAAAUGGCAGAGUUACUGCUUGAAGACACUGAAGUUAUUGAAGCGGACGCCCCUUCCUCCAAGAUGCUUGUGAUUGGAAAGGACAUGUUGAACUCCUAUGUGAAGAAGUUAUCACGGACGAGGAAGCUCAUUGGAUGGACAGGAUGGUAUCAAGCGACAGAGUUCAAUAGAAAAGCCAACUACGAAAUGGCUUUGGCAGAAGAUGAUCUUAUGACCCGCCAGGCUGGUGGGGAAAUCGAUGCUGUCACGAGUGCUAUAGCUGAGGUCGAGGAGGCUGGCACUAUUGUGAAGGAUUUUGAUGCGCUUCUAGGAUACUUCCACAGCGAUUCCGGAGGAUAUCCACAAGUAGAGAACAUAAGUCACCAGGAUAAUGGGAAAGAAUCGGUGGUUGAUGUAUGGGAGGUCAUCGACGAAUCGCUGCCGCACCUCUUCAAGGAAAGUAUCGAGAUUGGCCAUGGAAUCAGAGUCGAUUCCUUGGAAAAGGAGGCUCAAUCAACAGCACAUACUCCAUUUAGAGAUUUGAAGAGGCCUUCGGGCGUUGUCAUGCUCACAAUGGAUGAAGAGGAAGAUGAAGGUAUUGCUUGGGGAGUUGGCGCAAAGGAGCCAAGCGAAAAUGAUCACAGUAUGCGAUUAUGA